AUUCAGGCAUUCUGGGAAUUCUUUGACUAUUUUGACCACGCACUUGCCAAUCCAUACGCAGUACGAGUGACACGCUCUCUCACGUACAUGAUCUACUUGGUGCACCUCAACGCCUGUGCUUAUUACUUUGUGUCAGUCACUGAAGGCAUCGGCACCAACAGCUGGGUCUUCAACGGGGAAGGAAAUGCUUACAUCAGAUGUUUCUACUUUGCUACAAAGACUGCUACUUCUAUCGGCAAGAACCCUCGUCCUGAGAACGAAAUGGAGUAUGUGUUCAUGACUGCCUGUUGGCUCAUGGGCGUGUUUGUCUUUGCUCUCCUUAUCGGUCAGGUAU